AUGCAUUGUGCAACAUAUAUACUAAUUUUAUAUGGUCUUGUAUGCACAUUUGGUGCAAUCGCGAAUCUCCUUGUAUUGGUUGCAUUCUUACGAACGUCACAUCUUCGAAAUCUUCGUAAUUAUUUUAUCGUUAAUCUCGCCGUAUCAGAUCUUUUAUUAUGUGUCAUAACUGCUCCAGUAACUUUAUAUUUUUCAUUAAAUCUUUUUUGGCCAUUUGGAAAUUUCGCAUGUCAGACGCUUGCAUCAAUACAAGCUGUGAAUAUGUUUGUUUCUUGCCUAACGCUUGUCUUAAUCGCUAUGGAUAGGGUACUUUUAACGAUGUGUCCAGUUAAAUGGCGACUUGUUGGAAUGGCACCAAUAAUUUGCUAUUGUUUUGUUUGGCUUUUAUCACUAAUCGUAGCUGCACCGUAUUUUUUUGCUGUUAGCGCUGAAAAUGUUAAUAUGUUUGAACCAUGGAAUCAGCCUUAUAUCGAAACAAUGUUGAAAAUUUGCAAAAAAGAUCGACCACAGAUUUGUAUCGAAAAAACAUGGCAUAGAUUACCAUUUUCGAGGAAGACUUAUACUCUUACUGUGCUUGCUAUACAAUAUCUUUUGCCAUUAACUGCAUUAGCGUUCAGCUAUUCACAUAUUGGUACUACAAUUCGUCGAAGGAUUAAAAGAACAACAACUAUUGAUAUGCAAAGAAGGCAAAUUAUGCGUCAACGAAACCGUAAAGCACUUUUACUAUUGUUAUUGCUGGUUGUAGUAUAUGCGGUUGCUUGGUUCCCAAUGAAUGCAUAUAAUGUUUUCAAUGUUUUAGAAAUUAUUCGCUUUUCACAAUAUGAAUAUAUGUUUUGUCAUUUAGUGGGAAUGACAUCGGCUUUUGUAAAUCCCAUAAUGUAUGCAUUAAUUAAUGAUAGUUUUCGAAUCGCAUUUAUCGCUCUUUUACGACCACUCGUCACGUCUUGUACAAAAUAUACUAUGGUGGCAUUUACAGCAUCAAAUACUUAUAUAUUUUGUUUCAAUGCUCCGCAAACUUCGACAGUUAUUCAGGUGAUUUUUUAA